AGGGCGAUCCGAUCCACUGAUAACAGUCCAUCCACAUGGAGAUUCACACACUGCAACUAUCCUGACCUGGAAGCUCAUUCAUUCACUUUACUACUUCCCGCAUUCCGCCGUCUCUCCUGAAACGCUCCCGAAUAUUACAUGACUCGAUAGGAAAAGACACACUUGGUACUGUUCUGGGGACUCUCCUGUGCUGGAGGUGUUCGACCGGGUCUCAAGCAAUUGCUACGGGUCUGAGCAAAGAAAUCACAUAAAAUCUUCCGAUCGUACCCCUCUCGAUUUGCCGUCACACAGACACGAUGGAGGACUUCAACAGUGAGACUGACAGCGACUACACCAGCUACUGGAGAGAUUGGUUUAUCUCCUCUCGUGGCAAUGAAUACUUUUGCGAAAUCGACGAGGAUUACCUCACGGAUCGCUUUAACUUGACCGGCCUGAACACCGAAGUCGCAUACUACCAGUACGCCUUGGACCUAGUGACGGAUGUCUUCGAUCUCGACGCAGACGACGACCUUCGCGAGCAGAUUGAGAAGUCAGCACGCCACCUUUACGGCCUGGUCCAUGCGAGAUACAUUGUCACCACUCGCGGGCUUGCAAAGAUGGUCGAUAAACUCAAGCGCGGCGAUUUCGGCAAAUGUCCCCGAGUAAUGUGCGAGGGCCACCCCCUCUUGCCGAUGGGCCAGCACGACACGCCCAAUAUCAGCACGGUCCGUCUUUACUGCGCCAAGUGCGAGGACGUCUAUCACCCGAAGUCGUCUCGCCACGCCUCCAUCGACGGAGCCUACUUCGGCACCUCUUUCCACAGCAUGCUUUUCCAGGUGUAUCCUGCGCUGAUGCCGGAGAAGAGCAUUCGUCGCUACGAGCCGCGCGUGUUCGGAUUCAAGGUGCACGCCAGCGCUGCCUUGGCUCGCUGGCAGGAUCAGUAUCGCGAAGACAUGAAGACGACUCUUCGCGAUGUUGGAGUAGAGGUCAAAUACAUAGAAGACGACAGCGAAGAUGAUCUGGAAGACGACGAUGAUGAGGCGAUCUCGGACACCAAAGAAGAGGAGAAGGUUAUCGGUGACGCUGCUUCGGGCCGCAUGGAUCUCGGCAAUUAAAGCAUAGCAGCGCCUCUUCUCUCUCUUCGUCUCUUCUUCCCGUCUGGUUUGCACAGUUUUUCCCGCCCUUGAGAAUGGAGUUAUUUUCUUCCAUUAUCAUAUAUUUCAAUUGCAUUACAUCCUUUCUUCGCAACCACCCACAUGCAUCUCAAGGGUUGGUCCCUUUUCCUCUUUCUCCCCCCAUUCCCUUCCCCUCUUAUAUCGUCCCUUGCUUUAAUGUCUUUUGAAAAAUCGCAGGAGUGUGACGGAGGGGGUGGGUUCCACAACAAAUUAUAUCUCAUCUGCUUUGCAUUUAUGAUUAUGAAAUCACACUGGUGGCGUUGGAAGUCUUCCGGAGAUGGCGGGUCUGUUUCUUAUCUUCUUCUGAUGUGAACUAGUUUCUCUUUCCCGGCCGACAGGCUUUCAG